ACAAUAGCACAACGUGAUUAAUUUUUUCGGAACAUCUUGGUGAUGCCAUCCUUCGACGAUGUAAAUUCCAGGAAAGGACAGGCCAAUCACUCGCAGCAUGAGCCUAUCUCGAACAAUUCCUGCCUCUCCAGUUGAGGCGGUUUAUUUCAGCAUUGUGGACUGUCUGCACAGAGACUUGGAGGCAGGAAACUUCUCCACCAUUGACGAGGAGACGGCUGCGGCUUUUGUCGCGGCAUGGAAGGAAGGUAUCAAGUCUCGACUGGCAAACCCAUCACCUCUCUCUGCCAGAGUGGAAUCCCGCUCGCAACGCCGGCGGACCACCAGCGUCAUCCACAACUCUGAUCAACCAGUCCGACAUAGGUACACGGCACUCCCAGAAGACGAUGACGACUUUGAGGAUGCAAAUGUGGACCAGCCGACAGAAGCAGCGCUGCAAGACUCCCUAGGCGUAUACCUCUCCGAAGAAGAGAUUACCUUCUUAACCUCAGAAGGAGGACGCACGCCACCACUGCUCGACGAUUUAACAGAUGUCGACGUGCGAGAAUCUGUUCAAGGCCACAUAAUCGGGACUUUUGAGAGAGUGACAAGACCUGCUGAAACGGGAAAGCGGCUAUCUGGUGUCAGACCAGCGUGCUGGACACUGACGCUGAACAACGGAGUCAUGAAGGUUGCGGGUCGAGAGUUUGCGUUCGACAGGCUCGAAGCAGAGGUGAAAGAAAGCUAA